CCCCGCAGGGGGUGCUGGGAUUCGUAGGCCGUCAAAGGUAAUUGUAUGCAGGUGUCGCGAGGGGUGCUGGGAUUUGUAUGCGUCCCCCGUAGGGGGUGCCGGGAUUUGUAGUCUCGAUAGCGCCUGCUCGCUGCGUGGGACCAGGAGGAUGGCGGGCCUGGAGCUGCUCUCCGACCAGGGCUACCGGGUGGACGGCCGGCGACCGACCGAGCUGAGGAAGAUCCGUGGCCGCAUGGGCGUCUUCGCGCAAGCCGAUGGCUCGGCCUAUAUCGAACAGGGGAACACCAAGGCCCUGGCGGUGGUAUACGGACCGCAUCAGAUCCGUGGGGCUCGCAGUAAGGCCCUCCACGACAAGGCCACUGUGAACUGCCAGUACAGCAUGGCGACCUUCAGCGCUGGUGAGCGGAAGAGGAGGUCUCACGGUGACCGCAAGUCCACGGAGAUGACCCUGCACCUGAAGCAGACCUUCGAGGCCGCCAUCCUGACACAGCUGUACCCGCAGUCCCAGAUUGACAUCUAUGUGCAGAUUUUGCAGGCGGACGGCGGGAACUACUGCGCCUGCGUGAAUGCGGCCACGUUGGCGGUGAUCGACGCCGGCAUUCCCAUGCGAGACUACGUGUGCGCCUGCUCCACGGGUUUCAUCGAGGACACCCCUCUGACGGACCUCAGCUACAUCGAGGAGUCGGCGGGGGGGCCGCAGGUGGCCAUGGCCGUGCUGCCCAAGUCGCAGCAGAUCGCGCUGCUGGAGAUGAACGCGCGGCUACACGAGGACAACCUGGAGAAAGUGGUGGAGGCGGCGGUGAAGGCGUGCCAGGAUGUCUAUACUGUACUGGACCGUGUGGUCAGGGAGCACGUGCAGGAGGUCACUGCGUUGGCCGGUGAAUGAACCCACAGCUCUGUGUUUGUAAAUAAAUGGUUUGUACCAAAA